AUGCUGCUCUUGUACACCCUGAAAAACCCCAGCUUCCCGGAGUAUAUCUUCAGCACCGAGUGUGGCAUCAUGUGCCUUGACAUGCACAGCAUGCACCCCUACCUGGUGGUCGUGGGCUAUUAUGAUGGCAACGUGGCUAUCUACAAUCUGAAGAAGCCUAACUCACAGCCAUCCUACAAGAGCUCGUCCAAGUCAGGAAGGCACUCUGAACCUGUGUGGCAGGUCAGGUGGCAGAAGGACGACAUGGACAAUAAUCUGAACUUCUUCUCCGUGUCAUCUGAUGGAAGGGUUGUAUCCUGGACUCUGGUGAAGAAUGAGCUGGUGCACACAGACAUCAUCAGGCUAAACGUGGAGGGCACCACAACUGAAGGUCCGGAGGAAUUCAUGGUGCACACAACCGGCUGUGGGACGGCCUUCGAUUUCCACAAACAGAUCGACUAUUUGUUUCUCGUGGGCACCGAGGAGGGUAAAAUCUACAAAUGCUCCAAAACCUACUCCAGACAAUUCCUUGAAACAUUUGAGGCCCACAACAUGGCGGUGGAUGCAGUGACCUGGAACCCAUACCAUUCGAAAGUCUUCAUGUCCUGUAGCUCUGACUGGACAGUGAAAAUCUGGGACCACACGAUCAAGAGACCCCUAUUCAUCUAUGACUUGAAUUCUGCUGUGGCAGAUAUAGCUUGGGCCCCAUACUCCUCUACUGUCUUUGCUGCGGUCACCACUGAUGGGAAGGCCCAUGUGUUCGACCUAGCCGUCAACAGAUAUGAGGCUAUCUGCAACCAGCCAGUGGUGGCCAAGAAGAAAAAUAAGACUACCCACGUGCAGUUCAACGCCGUUCACCCUGUCAUUAUUGUUGGGGACGAUCGUGGCCAGGUCACCUGCCUCAAACUGUCACCCAAUCUGCGCAAGAUGCCCAAGGAGAAGAAAGGGCAGGAGGUGCAGAGAGGCCCAGCAGUGGAGAUCGCCAAACUGGACAAACUGUUGAACCUCGUGAGGGAAGCGAAGAGCUGAUCUAAGCUGUCCCCAGAGUGCAGGGCCUCCGCUUCCUGACGUGACCCAGAGAACUCUAUGCCUCAGGCCAGGCAGCAGCCCUGGAUAACCCCUUCCUCCAACCUGGCUCCAGGCCACCCCAACCCCCAACCCUGUAACCAUAUCCCUGAAUAAUGCCAGUGGUCUCAUUGUCUUAAACUGAGGGAACAAGAAAGAGAUCCCUGCAGAUGUGCCUUUGGAGGCUAUUAAUUACCCCCUCCCUUAUGGAUAUACAAAAGGUCACAGGCCACUGGCCCAGUAACCCUCAACGCCCUCCUACACAAAUAA